CUUGCAACAUGGCGUCCCGAAGGCUGUGAGAUGAGCAAGAGGAUGGUAAAUUGAGAACGCUCCUACCGAUGUAUUAAGCUUCAGGUGGUGCUCGUGUAGGAAGAGAGAGAGAGAAGGAAAGAAGGAAGGUGGAAAUGGAACUGCCAAACCAUGCCAAACAACUGCUGCUGCAACUCAACCAGCAGAGAGCCAAGGGCUUCCUGUGUGAUGUUAUCAUUGUGGUGGAGAAUGCGCUCUUCCGCGCCCACAAGAACAUCCUGGCGGCCAGCAGCAUCUACUUCAAAUCUCUGGUCCUCCACGAUAACCUCAUUAACCUGGACACAGAGAUGGUUAAUCCCUCUGUGUUCAGACAGGUCCUGGACUUCAUCUACACUGGAAAGCUCUUGUCCUCAUCAGACCAGAGCAAUGAGCAGAACUUCAGUGCCCUCUUAACCGCAGCCAGCUACCUCCAGCUCCAUGACCUCGCUGCCCUGUGCAGAAAGAAGCUCAAGCGCAGUGGUGGGAAACCUCUGCCAGGUAAACCCUCCACUCCAGGUCCCCUUAGCCGCUUACGCCUCAAUAACCAGCGCCUUUCCUCCUCUACUCCUGCUGGCCCUAACAACCACUACCCUCCCACCCCUUCCGAUGCCGACCAGCCACAGCCAGAUGAAGGCCUUCGGGACAAGGUCUCAGAUGAUGAGAUGUUUGUCGGCAGCUCUGGGAAGAAUGGGAAUGGGGGAAAUGGAAGCAGUAAUGGUAACCUCAGCAGUGGAGGAAGUGCUGGGGAGCCAGACCUUGGACUAGACCUGUCCAAGAAGAGCCCUCCCUCUGCGGGCACAGCCACGGAUGCCCUUAGCCCACACAGCAACUCCCAAGAGUCCCCUCAAUCUGCCUCAGUAUCCACAACCAACAGUGCCUCACUGGACGACUCCUCUACCGCCCUAACAGGGGUAGAUGGCUGCGGCUCAGAACCAAUGGAGCUCAACCCCACCUCUAAAGCCCCUGAGGAAACCCAGAACCAGCCUGAUGGCCCCCCACCACACAAGAAAUCCCGGCAGGUUGCCCGCAAGAAGGAAUGGCCUAAGAGAGAAGCAUCAGGUCUGAAGUCUGAGGACCAUGAGAGGCCAUUGGUUAAUGGGGUGAUUGUGGGUCCUAAAGAAGGUCGUUCUUCUGGUGGGGUUGGGGGCGGCAGUGGUAGUAGCUUUGCCUCUGACCAGUCCUUCCAAUGUAAAGAAGAGGAAGAGGGAGGAGAAAAUGGCCAGGACCACAGUGAUGAGAGUGGGCAAAGUGAUGGAGAGAGUGCAGGAGGUGGAGUUGGAACAGGAGGGGGACACCACAGCGCCAACUACGUGUACCGCCAGGAAGGUUUCGAGCCAGCAUUUGGAGAUAACCUCUAUGUGUGCAUCCCCUGUGGGAAGGGCUUUCCCAGCUCUGAGCAGCUCAAUGCUCAUGUAGAGACACACACUGAAGAUGAGCUCUACAUCAAAGAGGAGGGAGGGACCUUUGUGAAAGAGGAAGACGAAGAGGAGGCGGAGGACCUCUCUGCCCCUGUGGGUCCCUCCAACUUUGGUGGCUCUGAAACGCGUCCAUUCAAGUGUACAGUCUGCAGUAAGAGCUACAAAGACCCAGCAACGCUGAGACAACAUGAAAAGAGCCACUGGUUGACCAGGCCCUUCCCCUGCAACAUCUGUGGCAAGAUGUUCACCCAGAGGGGCACCAUGACACGCCACAUGCGCAGCCACCUUGGCCUCAAACCAUUUGCAUGUGAAGAGUGUGGCAUGCGCUUCACACGCCAGUAUCGUCUGACAGAGCACAUGCGUGUCCACUCUGGGGAGAAGCCGUAUGAAUGCCAGCUAUGUGGCGGGAAGUUCACCCAGCAGCGCAACCUCAUCAGCCACCUGAGAAUGCACACCUCACCCUCUUAGAAAUGCAUCAAGCCAAAGAACUCUGGGAAUAGAAACAAACCUUUCUCUAUUUUACCUUUUUUUCCAUCUCAAAAGCAAAGAAACGCACACAUAUACACAUUCACAUGCAGACACACGUUUCUACAUAUUGAUUCCAAUUUACGAGCCCCUGGCUAAGAAAAUGAUGUAGCCGUCGGCCAGAGUGAGCUCUUGGCGAUGGUGGGAUCUUGUUGAUGGCAUGAACAUGACAUCAUCUAUAUCAAGUGACGUCUGCUCACCUCUCAGGAGAUCUAGAGGGGAUGAUUAACUCCUCUGUCUCUCACCAAAGUCACUAAGCCAUGAUGGAGUGGCAUGACUUCUGGUCUGUGUUGUAAGUCUGUUAAAUGUGAAUGUGGGUACUGGUGUAAUGUCAAAACCCUCACCUUAUACCCCUCAGCAGUCUCCCUCUCUUCCACCUUUUGAGUUUUUCAAAUCGAUCCUCAAAUGGGUAAUUUCAGAAUCCCCUGUCUACUCCAAUGCUAUUUUGACCAAAAACCCAUGCAAAACGCUACAGGCAAUAAUUCAACAAAAUAUUGUUUUACCCAGACAGCUUUAUGUCCUUGAUUAUAUUGGUGAUGGGGAUCUGUGUCUAAGAGGAGGGGUAACUGGGUUUGGGACCAUCUCCUUGCUUUAAAUGAAAGUCAUGAAUGGGGGUUCCAGGUAGGAUGACAUUGGAUCAGAUUUUAGUUAUUACAGACGACACACACUCAAAAUCCUCUCAGCAGAUGUUCACAGGGGUGUGGAGAGGACGUUCAGUGUUUUUGUUUUUGCCUGCUAGAACUGCUAGGAAUGAAUCCUGGUUAGAAAGAUGAUCCCUUUGAGGUACUUGUUUUGCUUAAAGAACUUGUAAUGUUUCAGUGAAUGUUUAAACUGGAAGGUCUUGGGAUGAUUCUUGU